GCACUGAAUAUCUAAUCGCCGGUUUUGCACCAUUUCCUGACAUACGCGGUACGCGGUAUGAGCACAUAAUAAUGUUGACACACGUCGUUCGUUUAUGGAAAGGAAUCUUGUUAUCGUCAAACCAGAGAUAAAUGCAGCAUGCGGUUAUAAAAGACAGCGGUAAAAACGGCUUUCUCAGAAAUGGCAGAAAAGCGUGGGAACAAUCAGAACAUUAGGGCGCUACGCGUUUUACCGUAGGCUUUUUUAAUCCCUUUUUCAAACGACUUUUUUAAUUUCAGCACUUUAUAUGCACCGCAUUAAUUGUGUAGCCAUAAGAGAUUAUAAACAGUUUUAAUCAUGGUACAAUCAAGAACUGUGCUCUUACUAUACCCGUUCUUAUCGUUGUUGGACUUCUUUGCAACAGCUAUCAUAUUAGCACAUGGCAAUAACUGGAAUCUGUUACUUAAAAGCGCACAGCAUUACUCGUUUGCAUCUUCGUUUGUCGACUUUUGGAUUUUCCCAGUUAUAAAAACUUCCUUUAUAAUUGGCGCUAGUAUUGGGAUUUUGAAAAAUCCUGAACAUGGUCCAAAAAAUUGCAAAAAAACUGAAUGGCUAGUGGUCACUGUUGCUUGCGUCAAUUUGUAUUUUGCGUGCAUCAAAAUGCUGGUAUUUUCCCAUGACACAUCUUUUGUUGUUGGCCCAAACUUAUCUUGGUUUUGGGUCUUAUUUGCUUGGAGCAAUCUGGGUGCUCUUAUUUUUCUAAUACAGUGGCAUUUCUUGUCUAAUUUAAAACUCUCCCCAUCGAGGCAAAUCAAUGUUGAGGCACCUGAAAAUGAAAAACAGAGCUUGCUAGGAAAUUCACAUGAAGGUUAUGGCAGCCUUGCCAACAAUGGGUCCAUUAUUAAUGCUUCUACCAGUAACAGCAGCAGUAAUAGUUCUAGCACUACAAGCUCUCCAAGUAAGCCCCAAAAGGAUUCAGAUGACAAGACUUUUAUUGAACUAGCAAGCAGAGCUACAAUUGGUAAAAUGAUGUCCUACAGUUUACCAGACUGGCCACUUCUUCUCCUGGGUUCAAUCUUUUUGGUGGGCGCAGCUGUGGGACAAAUUUUUCUCCCAUUAUAUGUUGGACGAGUCAUUUCAGCUAUUGUGCAGCCUGACAGACAAACCCAAUUUACCAGUAUAAUCUUCGAAAUGGCUCUGAUUGGAAUUGGUGUCUCGAUCUGUGCAGGUCUCAGAGCAGGCUGUUUGAUGUACUACAUGCAGCGUUUGAAUAUAAGGAUAAGAAACUCUCUUUUUAAAUCAAUUCUGCAUCAAGAAAUCGGAUUUUUUGAUGAAGUGCGAACAGGUGACAUUACGUCUCGUUUAACAUCUGACACAACAACAAUGAGUGACACCAUUGGCCUUAACUUUAACAUAUUCAUUCGAAGCAUGAUAAAAGGUGUUGGUGUAUGUAUUUUCAUGUUUGCACUGUCUUGGAGGCUCUCUGUUAUCACCUUUAUGGGCCUACCAAUGAUUUUUGCCGUUUCUAAAGUGUAUGGAAGCUAUUACAAGAAAACUCAAAAACAAGUUCAAGAUAGAUUUGCAAAAGCUAACGAAGUUGCUCAAGAAGUUUGCUCAUCCAUGCAGACUGUUAGGAGUUUUGCGAACGAAAACGGAGAAAUUGCUCAAUAUAAAAUACGACUGCUUGAUGUAUUGAAAGUCCAGUUCAAACAAGCAGCAUCAUAUUCCGUCUAUGUUUGGUGCUCACAAGUUUUUGAGCAAUUUUUAAUGGUGUUCACUCUGUGGUAUGGUGGACAGCUGUUGAUUUCUGGUACUCUUACAUCUGCUCACUUCAUUGCCUUUAUUCUAUACCAGGAGGAAUUAGGAGAAUGUUUCAGCGAAAUUGGGGAUGUAUAUACUGGUAUGAUGCAAGCAUUAGGAGCUGCUGAAAAAGUGUUUGAACUAAUUGGAAGAAAACCUCGUUUAAGUCUCGAAGAUGGAACAGAACAACCAACCUAUAUUGAAGGCCGUAUCUCAUUUAAAAACGUCUCAUUUGCAUAUCCAAGUAGGCCAGAACAACCAGUGUUAGAGAACAUUUCAUUUGAGGUGAACCCUGGUGAAGUAGUGGCACUAGUAGGUCCCAGUGGAGGAGGAAAGUCAUCAUGUGUGAAACUGAUGCAGAGGUUUUAUGAACCAACAUCCGGAUCAGUUCUUCUGGAUGGGAUGAGUGUCAGCUCUUUUAAACAUCAAUUUCUGCAUGAACAAAUAUCUUUAGUGGGGCAAGAGCCGGUUCUGUACGCACGAUCUAUCAAAGAAAAUAUCAUAUAUGGACUGUCUUCUGACCACUACACAGAACAGAGUGUUUUAGAUGCAUCUAAGCUUGCAAAUGCUCACAGUUUUGUAAUAGCCUUGCCAGACAGUUACCAAACUGAAACUGGUGAGAAGGGCACACAGCUUUCUGGUGGGCAGAAACAGAGAGUGGCAAUCGCCAGAGCUUUAGUUAGAAAUCCAAAAGUUCUUUUGCUUGAUGAAGCUACAAGUGCUCUUGAUACAGAAAGCGAAUAUUUAGUGCAAGAAGCUUUGGAAAGAAGUAAGUCACACAGAACGGUGUUGCUUAUAGCUCACAGACUCAGUACAGUUGAAAGAGCUGAUCGAAUAGUUGUGAUUGUAAAGGGCAAAGUUGAAGAAGUGGGAAGCCAUAAUGAGCUUAUGGCUAAAAAAGGGACUUACUAUAAUCUUGUAUACAGACAACUACAUAACGUUUCUCAAAAAACGGGUGACGAGUCUAGUGACAAGGCCGUUGACAACGAAGGCGUCACUGAAACAUUACAACCCUCUAGACGCACAAAUAGUUGGAUACGACACCGAAGCAUCAGUCGUGAUUCUUCUAGCACUACAUCUAGUAGUAGUGUAGGGUCUCCAGUGUUUGGUGUCUAAUUGUUUCUAACAUUGCUAACAGAGGUCUUAAAAGUUUAAGAAGUUCCACCCAAAGGCUUUUUGAAUACUAAGUAGGAAAAAUAUUUUGGACAUUAGGUCAAAUUCUGCCAAUUAAAAUAUUACAAAAAAUGUGAUAAAUAUCAAAACACCAAAUUUUGGGUUUUUAAAAACCUUACCAAGUCCAAUUUUCAUACUUUUCAAUAUGAAGCUAAACUUUGAGAUAACUAGCCUAUACGACACUGUACUACCUAAUAUUACCCUAAAAAAAAUUUUUUUAGGUUUUUUUUAUUAAAAUUACAUAUUUGAUAAUUUGGUGCAGAGUAACACUACUUUUACUCUGUUCACUGCCGUGCUUUUGGAUUUUUAUUAAAAGAGAAAUAUAAAGAGA